UCGGUGGAUGUCCUGGAGUAGCGUGGGAGAGGAGCGGGAGAAGAGCGGGGAGCCGCCGCGGUGACCGAGCUGAGUGUCCGGUGCGGAGACCCGGAGUGAACAGUGUAGUAGUUUCCUACACCACCUGAACGCAGCACUGGCUGGUUUCCACGGUAACGGCUGACAACGGAGGGACGAUGGUUUACAUCACGGAGGACAUGGUCCGCCGGCGAGCCGAGCACAACGAGAGCGAGAUCUUCUCCCUAGAGGAAGUUUCUCUGCAUCAGCAGGACAUCGAGAAGAUCGAGCAUCUGGACACGUGGUGCAGGGAGCUGAAGAUCCUCUACCUGCAGAACAACCUCAUCGGCAGGAUGGAGAAUCUGAGUCGCCUGAAGAAACUGCAGUAUUUGAAUCUGGCCUUGAACAACAUUGAAGUGAUUGAAAACCUUGAAGGCUGUGAGAGUCUGCAGAAGCUGGACUUGACGGUCAAUUUUAUCGGUCGCCUGAGCAGCGUCGAGACUCUGAGACACAACCUUCACCUCAGGGAGCUGUUUCUGGUCGGGAACCCCUGCGCCGAGUUCCAGGGCUACAGACAGUACGUGGUGACAUCUCUGCCACAACUCAAGUGGUUGGACGGGACGAAGAUCAGCCGCUCGGAGAGGAUUGGAGCUUCUCAGGGUUUGGAGGAGGUGAGGAGACGUGUGUGGGUGCAGGAGGAGGAAUACCUGAAGAGGAGGAAGGAGGAGAAGGAGGAAGCAGAGAGGAAGGGAGCAGGAGAGGAUGGAGGAAACGAGGACGACGCCAGGAACGCAGCUGUGUGUUCAGAGGAGGACGAGGAGCAGCAUGAGAAGGAGUUUUGGCACACACCGUGUUCCUUCACCCCUGAGUCUCGUCUGGAGGCACAUCGCCACCUGGAGGAGAAGAGGAGGGCAAAGGAGAAGUCAAUGGUAAAGACGGAGAAACCCUUGAGGACUCUGAUCACUGUGGACGGACGCGUCCUCAACGUCAACGAACCAAAACUGGACUUCUCUCUGACUGAGGACGAAGACAACAACAGCAUCAUCUUAGACUUGUCUGUUUACAGACACAUGGACUCCUCCCUCUUGGACGUGGACAUUCAGCCGACGUUCGCCAGAGUCAGUGUCAGAGGAAAGAUGUUUCAGAUGGUUCUUCCCGUUGAAGUCAGGCCUGACAGCUCCACAGCACUGAGGUCUCAAACCACUGGACACUUGCUCCUCACCAUGCCCCGAGUACAUACGGCUGAAGGUGAAAUCAAAGUGACAAGAACCACCCCUCGUCCAAUCAGACGCAGCCACUCACCCGAGGACAGAGAGAGAAGAAACAAGGUUCUCGAGCGUCUGGAAGUCAACCCCAGCAAACAUUGGGCGCUCGCCCUCGGCAGCAUCGUCCCACAUCAGGAGACGACAGAAGGUCCACUGGAAGCUUCCAGAUCAGCUGCACCUACUGCUGCAGGACGUGACACGUCCUCCGAGGAGUUUGUGGACGAUCCUGACGUUCCUCCACUCGUUUAAGACGUGGAAUUAUAAUCAAACUGAGACGUGUGAGAGGUUUUUGGUGAAACUGAACACAGACCUGAGGAUUCCUGACUUUAGUUUAUGGACAAUUAAAACUUUUUGUUUUAUUUUAUCUGGUUGUUUAAGUCUACGAUAGCUACGUCACAUGUUCACGUCUUUAUCUCACUGUGAGACGGACUUUUCCAACAGGAAACUAAAGUUUGUAAGCACUCCACACCAAACCCCAUAGAGAAAAUCAGUGAUUUUAACAUCACACACACAGGAGUUGUUGAUUCACUGCUGCCUCCAUCACUAAGUUCAAAUGUCUAAUUUUGUGAAUUCAGCAUUUGAAAUAUUUCAUUUAGACUUUACUCAGUGAAACAAAGUGACCACACGAUGCAGCAGAAGACCAGAGUGUGUGCACUCACAGCACAGCACUGAUUACAUAUUUAGCACAUUAACACAUACUUAAACAGUCAAAUAAAAGCUGUUUUUUAUUUUUA